AUGACUCAAAGAAUUGUCGGUAACCCUAUAAUUACUUUUAUUGACUUCUUGUCGAUUGUUAUUGGAGCAUAUGGAUUUCAUAGUACCAUAUUGACUCUACCAUUACCACCUCAUUUGGUUGAUGCUGGACACUGGCAAUUUUUAACUAAUCUAAGCUUGGUAUAUUCACUCGCUGUAUUCGUUGUUGGGUUUAUUGCACAUAUUACCAAAUCUGAAAGGCUCUUCAGUUUGAAGAAUAAUUUACAUCCAAUCGGCUUAGCUCUCGAAUCGAUUGUAUCGAUGGUGUAUUGGCCAUUAAGAUUAUUCUGUCUUCGCUUGUUAGUUGAAGAUACGUCACUUUAUCCGAUACCUAUGUCGGCAGAUUUGGCGAUUCAUUUAAUGCCAGUGAUCUCAUUAUUAAUUGACUAUCUUAUAUUUAUGCCGAGAUGGACGAUAAAGACCAAAACCGCAUUUGGUAUUUGUUUUGCCCUUACUGGUGCUUAUUGGUGCUUGUUGGAAUACUUGGUUGAUGUCGAGAAUGGAAGUUCCUAUCCUUAUGCAUUUUUAAACGUUCCACAUAACGGAUUGCGUGCUUUGAUAUUUGUCAUAGUAGGUGGUGCAGCAUUUGUACAGUUUUUAAUUAUGUCAAAGAUAUAUUAUGUACUCGUGGGAAGCCCACAAGACUCCACCAUUGAGGAUAUCAGUAAGAAAGAAAUUUAG